UGCAUGGCAAACACUUGGUCAGCCAAAGUGUUUGAUGUUCGCGCACCGAUUCAAGGAAAUAACGUAAAUGCUGACUUCUACUACGACUGGACCAACAAAGCUACUGCCAUCCAGUACACUGUGUAUGGAUCAGUUCAGAAGUCAACCAGAAUUGUCACGUCGUAUGAAAAGAACGAACGCUACACCAUAUUGGCAGAUGGAACAUGUACAAAAGACGCCCCAAAUGACGUCCUCCUGCCAUUCUGCAUCCCAGACGACAGUACAGACCUUGGCUCAAGCUAUAUUGGUAUUGAGGGAAGCGGGUUGAAAUCCGACAACUGGUUGCUAACUAUCGGCUCUAUCAACCUGACCGUGGGCGUCACCGACCCAGACUGUGUCUUAACCUUCUUGGGGACCUUCAACCUGGCAGCGAGUCCUCCAGAUACGGAACUAUACUUCAACGGAUAUAAAUUAGGCACCACGGACCCAGAUGCUUUCGGCGUCCCCCUCAACUGUUAAAAUGUGACGCUGCACUUGAACUUGUA